UUUCGUUCGAGCGCGGUUCACUUCAAUUGGGCGUAGUCGACGUCGUCGUUAUCACAAACCAUGGCCUGCUGGGCUGCUACAAUGCAGAUUGUUAUCGCCAAGCUACUGUGCGUGUAUUAUUCUGCGCAAGUGCUGCUUAUGAUAGUGGUGCAAUUUUUCACCAAACCACACUCCAAGUUCUGGGUUGUCAAAAAGCGUCCUUAUCCGCCGCAGUGUCUACAGAAGCAUGACUAUGGGGUUAGCAAGUACGCCACCGUCAAUGGCGUCAAAUUACAUUAUGUUGAAAAUGGAGAUCCAAGCAAGCCGUUGAUGCUGUUUGUCCAUGGUUUUCCGGAGUUUUGGUUCUCCUGGCGUCAUCAGAUGAAAGAGUUUUCGAAAGACUAUUGGGUUGUUGCAGUUGAUAUGCGAGGCUAUGGCGACUCUGAUAAACCGAAAGGACUGGAGCCAUACCGUGUUGCCAACAUGGUUCAAGAUCUCAAAGAACUUGUGGAUGCGUUGGGUCGCAAGAAGAUUAUCCUCGUGGCACACGAUUGGGGUGCAAUAAUAGCCUGGGACUUCGUGGCCCAGCACAUGGACAUGGUUGAUAGGUACAUCAUGAUGGACGCACCGUCAAGGCAGGUCCACCGCAAACUAAUGAUGACAACCAAAACACAGUUCAAAAUGUCCUGGUACAUGUUCUUCUUCCAGAUGCCACAAUUACCGGAAUUCUUCAUACGAAUGAGUGAUUUACGGAUGUUUGACGCAAUGUUUAGAAAAUAUGUCAGUCCUGAGGAAAUUGAAGCAUACAAGUACACCUUUGCCAAGAAAGGCGCUCUCACCGAGCCGCUCAACUACUAUCGGGCAAACAUGAGAUCGGCAGUGAAAAUACACAGCCCACCGGCUGAUAUUCCACACGUGCCAGGACUUUAUCUGCUUGGUGAAAAGGACAUAUAUAUUUCGAAAGAAUCCGGUCCGCUAAUGGAGAAACAAUUCAACAAUCUAGAGUUUAAGAUCGUACCCGGAGUGGAUCAUUUCCUGCAGCAGCAUAACCCGGAGCUGGUGAAUAGUCUGAUACGGGAGUUUUUGGAAAGGAAAUAAAGCAAGUUUUGUUACGUUGUACGCGUUCAUAGAA